GGUUUGUGUUUAUUUUUAGAGUUCUCUAUUUUGAAAUUUAAAUAAAAAUUUUAAAUAAAAAAUCUUCAAUUUCAAUAACCCCGAUCCGAAUCCGAUUUCUAACCCAACCUCCACCGCCUCGGUGUACCCUGUAAAAUUAAUAAAAACGCUGCUGUACUGGUGUUCCUCAAUCGUAAAAAAACCUCACUCCAAAAAACCCUAACUGCCGUCGCUCUCUACCAUCUUCCGUCCGUCGGUCAUUCUUCACGAUUCACCGGCAUCGCAUCUUCCUCACCUUAGUCAGACAGUCACCCUCUGCCGUCGUCUGCUUGUCAAUCACCAUCGGCAGCAGCCCUUUCUUCACCCUUCACCGCCGUUUCUCCUUCAGUUUCUGUUAUCUUUUCAAAUGGGAAAGAAAAAAUCUGAUGAUACUGGAACCUCAACAAAAGGUCAUUCUUCUAAGGAGGGGAAGAAAGAGAAGCUGUCUGUUUCAGCCAUGCUUGCUAAUAUGGAUCAAAAGACAGAUAAACCAAAAAAGGCUGCUGCAUCUAGCAAACCUAAGGCAAAAGCAGUUUCAUCUUAUACAGAUGAUAUAGAUCUUCCACCAUCAGAUGAUGAUGAUGAUUACUAUGGCUCAGAAGGAGAGCUACAACAGGAAAACAAUCAUAGCCGAAAGGCAGAGUCCAAGAUACUCGACACUUCAGUGACUGAUAAAGAGUUGAAGAAACGGGAGAAGAAAGACAUGUUGGCCACCCAGGCUGCUGCGUUGGCUAAAAAGGAGGCCUUAAAGGAUGAUCAGGAUGCAUUUACUGUUGUCAUUGGAAGUCGUGCUUCGACACUUGAGGGUGGUGAUGAUGCUGAUGCUAAUGUCAAAGAUAUUACUCUCGAGAACUUUUCUGUUUCUGCUCGUGGAAAAGAACUCUUAAAGAAUGCAUCAUUGAAAAUCUCUCAUGGAAAGAGGUAUGGUUUGGUUGGACCAAAUGGGAAGGGGAAAUCUACCCUUUUGAAGCUUUUAGCGUGGAGGAAAGUCCCCGUACCUAAAAAUAUUGAUGUUUUACUGGUAGAACAAGAAAUAGUUGGUGAUGAUAAAACAGCACUUGAAGCAGUUGUUUCUGCUAAUGAAGAAUUGGUGAGACUCAGGAAAGAGGCUGCAUCAUUGCAGAAUGCUGCAUCUGCUGAUGAUUCAGCAGAUGCUGAUGGGGAUGAUGCAGGAGAGAGACUUGCUGAAUUAUACGAGCAGCUAAAUGUCUUGGAUGCAGAUGCUGCAGAGGCCCAGGCAUCUAAAAUUCUGGCUGGUUUAGGGUUCACGAAAGAAAUGCAAGCACGAGCUACCAAGUCAUUCAGUGGAGGAUGGAGAAUGAGAAUCUCACUAGCUAGAGCACUGUUUAUGCAGCCUACUCUUUUGUUGCUUGAUGAACCCACAAACCAUCUAGAUCUUAGAGCGGUCCUUUGGUUAGAAGAGUAUUUAUGUCGGUGGAAGAAAACUCUAAUAGUUGUCUCUCAUGAUCGUGAUUUUCUCAACACUGUAUGUAGUGAAAUUAUACAUCUUCAUGACAUGAAGCUUCAUUUAUACAGAGGUAAUUUCGAUGAUUUUGAGAGUGGAUAUGAACAACGUCGAAAAGAAGUCAAUAAAAAGUACGAAGUGUAUGAAAAACAAUUGAAGGCUGCAAAAAGGUCAGGAAAUCAGGCUCAGCAGCAGAAGGUGAAGGAGAGAGCAAAAUUUACAGCAUCAAAGGAAGCAUCCAAGAAAAAGAAUAAAGGAAAAGUUGAUGAAGAUGAACUAGUGCAAGAAGCCCCAAGCAAAUGGAGAGAUUAUACCGUGGAGUUUCACUUCCCAGAACCCACUGAGCUUACUCCUCCACUCCUCCAACUCAUUGAAGUCAGUUUUAGCUAUCCAAAUCGACCUGACUUCAAACUUUCGAAUGUUGACGUGGGUAUUGAUAUGGGUACCCGUGUUGCUAUCGUGGGACCUAAUGGUGCAGGAAAAUCAACCCUGCUCAACCUUUUGGCAGGUGAUUUGUAUCCUACUGAAGGUGAGGCAAGGAGGAGUCAGGCGUUGAGGAUAGGAAGAUAUUCACAACACUUUGUGGAUCUUUUGAUGAUGGAUGAAACUCCCGUCCAAUAUCUCCUUCGUUUACACCCGCAGCAAGAAGGGAUGAGCAAACAAGAAGCUGUUCGAGCUAAGCUCGGUAAAUUUGGGCUACCUAGUCAUAACCACCUUACCCCAAUUGCAAAAUUAUCCGGAGGUCAAAAAGCUAGGGUUGUUUUCACUUCCAUAUCGAUGUCCAAACCCCAUAUUCUGCUCUUAGAUGAACCUACCAAUCACUUGGAUAUGCAAAGUAUUGAUGCUCUUGCAGAUGCACUAGAUGAGUUUACUGGGGGCGUCGUGUUGGUAAGUCAUGACUCGCGACUGAUUUCACGCGUUUGUGAGGAUGAAGAGAGGAGUCAGUUAUGGAUUGUGGAAGACGGAACUGUGAGAACAUUUCCGGGAUCGUUCGAGGAGUACAAGGAGGAUCUUCAGAAGGAGAUCAAAGCUGAAGUGGAUGCCUGAAUGGCCCUGUAAUACUAACACUAUGAUUCUGAACCCGAUUAUUUCUCAUUUUAGCUUUGGUUCUAACUCAAGACCGAAGCUAUGUAGUUUUGGAUUUUUUAUUUCCACUCAUUAUUUUUUUUCUUGCAAUUUUUGAGUUAAUGUAGUAUGAUGUAUAAGAUGGCAGACGUAUCAAACAAGUACUCUAUUAUUAUUAAUACAGUUUUUCAACCUUAUGCACCAAUUGCAUGGGUUUGAUUGUCAUUUGAAA